AUGUUCCAAAGACAUGAUGAAUCAAUUCAAGAUGGAAAGUCGAUCAACUUCAAUGUGAUCGCUCCAAGAUUGAACGCUCCAAGUCAAACUGAAGCUGUUGCAAGAGAAACAGAGAUGGCCCAAAACAAAAUUCUCUAUUCUGCAAAGCUUGAUGAGAACAUGCGAAGAUCAGCAUACUUCGAGACAAACAAGAGAACCGUCAAAUCAAACAUCAUGCUUAAGUUUGUGACGAAGGCGAUGGAUAUCAAGCUUCGAGGUGAAGCCAAUUUCACAACUACUCUUGAAGAUCCAAUCGAGCUCUUGAAACGUAUUGAACAAUUCAUGAAGAAGAGUGCUGAUGCUGAGUAUGAUUUCUUGGAUUUCUGGGAAGCGAAUCAAAAGUUCUUUGCUAUGAAACAAGGAACGACCAAAAACUUGAUGCAUUUCAAGGAACAAUUCUUGAGACAGGCUGAAGUCCUGCAAGAUCUAUAUGGCGUGGCCUGGUUCCGAGAUUUUGCAGUCAAGACAAAAGCAUAUGCUGCUAUUGCUAGCACCGAUACUGCUGCUCAAAACAAGUUCAAGGAUGAUAUCUUUAUAGCCGUUCUUGCAAUAGGAUUUCUGUGCAACUGCGAUUGGACGAGAACAGCUCCUCUGAUGCUGGAUCUUCAGACAAACUAUUGCAGAGAAGUGGAGUAUUAUCCAAAGACGGUCAGCAAAGCACAAGAUAUGUUGAAGAUUCACAUGCAGCUGGAGACCACGAGCCUACCGCUGAGCAAAACAAUAGGUCGCUGA